AGACGUCAGCGUGGUGCUGCACUCCACGGCUGAACGUCUUGAACGACAGCAGAUAUCGUCUUGUGUCUGGUGUACAUUGUAUGUUUUACCUGACCACCUAGUAACAUGAAAUUACGUUGAGGAAGACUCUUCUAUUAUGGAAUGCUGAAGGCUCGGAAAAAGGAGAAAUCAGAUAUCAUCCGUUGUACCAGAUUAGAAAUUGCGUUGCUUUUUGGAAUCGGUGACUAUUUUGAGAAUCUGCUAUUGCCAUUUAAUCGACUGGUUUUGAAGACAGACGAGUAAGUGAAACUGGGGUGAAAUGAAUGACAGGGGAAGGUGGCUUCCUGUUUUGAAUAGUACAGCUUCAGCAGGUUCUCAGUCGAGGUGCUCCGCCCGGUGUUCAGCGGAUGAUGAUGCCCCAGCACUGCCUCUCCCCUGUCUUCGGCUCUUCUCUGUGUUGGACCCUUCUAUCAUUAAAGACGGGUGGCUCGACUUCCUAAGCUCCAAGAGACUUGUGACACUUGCGAGGGGACUCUCUCCUGCCUAUCUGAGGUUCGGAGGCAAGAGGACAGACUUUCUUCAGUUUCACAAUCUGAAGAAUCUGGCUAAAACCAGAGGGGGCCCGGGUCCAGACUACUACCUGAAGAAUUAUGAAGAUGAUAUUGUGCGGAGUGACAUUGCCCUGGAUAAGCAGAAAGGCUGCAAGCUUGCGAACCAUCCUGACAUCAUGCUGGAGCUGCAGCGAGAGAAAGCAGCUCAGACACAGCUGGUCCUGCUGAAGGAGCAGUUUUCAAACAUCUACAGCAACAUAACAAUAACAGCCAGGUCUUUAGACAAACUCUACAACUUUGCCGACUGUGCUGGACUUCACCUGAUUUUUGGGCUGAACGCCUUGCACCGGAACUCUGAUAACUCCUGGAAUGGAUCCAGUGCUCUCACUUUACUCAAAUACAGUGCUGGGAAGAAAUACAACAUCUCCUGGGAGCUUGGCAAUGAGCCCAACAGUUACCGUUCCAUGGUUUCACACACUCUGAACAGCAGCCAGCUUGCACAAGAUUACUCCCACCUGCGGACUCUGCUGCAGUCUGUGCGGUAUUACAGCCGUGCCAGUCUCUAUGGGCCCAAUAUUGGACGGCCUCGUAAAAACGCCAUUCUGCUACUGGAUGGGUUUAUGAAGAAUGCAGGAUCUGCAGUAGACGCAGUUACAUGGCAACAUUAUUACAUUGAUGGGCGCGUGGCAAAGGUGGCUGAUUUCAUGAAGACCCGGCUGCUGGACACUCUGAGGGAGCAGAUCACCAAGGUGCUGGAGGUGGUGAAGACACAUGCCCCUGAAAAGAAGGUUUGGCUUGGUGGUGUGGGGCCAGCCUGGGCAGGGGGUACCAACAAUCUGUCCGAUACUUAUGCAGCUGGCUUUCUGUGGCUAAACACUCUUGGCAUGUCUGCAAUGGAGGGUAUUGACGUUGUCAUCCGACACUCUUUCUUUGACUAUGGAUACAACCAUCUGGUGGACCAGAAUUUCAACCCCUUGCCCGAUUACUGGCUGUCUUUGCUCUUCAAACGUUUGGUUGGUCCCCGGGUCCUGGCAGUACACGUGGCUGGUCUGCAGAGGAAACCACGUCCUGGCAGAGUAAUCCGAGACAAACUGCGCAUAUAUGCACAUUGCACAAGCUUCCAAAAUCAUAAUUAUGUGCGAGGAUCCAUAACCAUUUACAUCAUUAAUCUGCACCGAUCCCGGAAGAAAAUCAAACUGGCUGGGACCUUGAGGAACAAAACUGUUCAUCAGUACCUCUUGCAGCCUGCUGGGUCAGAGGGUCUUCAGGCCAGGUCUGUGCAGCUGAAUGGGGAGCCCUUGGUCAUGGUGGAUGACGAGACAUUCCCGGAUCUGAAACCACGGACACUUCGGCCAGGCCGGAUGAUAGCCUUGCCACCCAUGGCUAUUGGCUUCUACGUCAUCAAGAAUGUCAAUGCGUAUGCCUGCCGCAGAUAGCCAGCACCCUUUGAGACCUCAGUUGCACCCUGAGACCCACCUUCACACACUGACAAUCAGUGUGCUUCCAACAACAUCAAGGGAGUAUUUCUUUAAUGUGUCAGGAAAAGGCUGAUCUCCUAUAAAAAGGGGUUGCACUGAUUGCCUUUUGAGUAUUUUUGUCUUCCUAUUAUGAUGAGACUCUCCUGGUCUUCAUUUAAGCUUUUAUUUUUGUGUGUUGUUUGAUUUUUAACAUGUCAGGAUAUGUCUUACAAGUUUUCACCCUGUCAUGAGUUGGAUUUGUUGUGAAUCAGUAUAAUAUUUUUUUCACGCAUGGCUCUGUGCAGAAAUGCUGUCCUGGACAUAGGAUAGUCAGGCUCCCACACAACUACUAUGCAAUUUGGUUAAAAAUCAACCAUUAUGUAAAUUAUCUUACUAUAACAGUAUAAAUACAACCUGCACUGCUUCAAAUUCUGUACUACACAGACACACACUAACAUGUUCCAAAACAAACUAUUUUAAUUUCCACCAAAUGCAAAAAAAUACUAUUACUCAAUUUGAGUCUAAUUGGAUAUGUUUGUUUUGGGCAUGAUACAAUGAUACAUGAUACAAGAGCAGACAGCAGAGAAACAGGCAGAAAGUCUAAGGCCUAGAAAUGAUUUGGUCUUGGUAAUACUCUUUGCCCUGAUGUUAUACAGUAAAUUCCAGGGAGUAGUUAGAAAAUAGCCAUAACUUUAGUUAGGUUAAAGGUUUUUAAAAUAGUUCCCACAUCUAUCUCUGAUUAAAGGGUAUUACUAAAAAUACUCGUGCCUCUUUUAAAGAAAAUAUCUUAACUUAUCUAUGGGUCUGCACUGUAUGAGGUUAUCUUAUUUUACAUAUAAUUCUCACACUCAGUCUGUAAAGAGAAUUUGGAGGAAUUUAUUCCAACUUUAAACUUAAACUGACCACAAGACAUGGGGACAGAAAAAAAGGGAGAUAGGCAGAGUUUUAAAAACUGUUCAAAUCCUGUUACACUUUGCUUACAAGGAGACAAAAUAAUGACACCUACAGUAUAAAGCAAUUUCAGAUUGUUGCAAAAGAAAAGACGUUCCGUUUCAUUUAAUUGUUUCUGAUUGCAUUUGUUUUGUUUCUUUUACAGGAAACAUGCUUUAAUAAUCAGAGUUGAGGGACUGGGUGACAACGAAAUGUAGAGUUUCCAAAAGAUAUGGGGGAACCCUUUUGCUCUGUAGGUAAAGACUGAGACACUGGAGGGAAAUUGAGCCAACUGCACAAUUCAGAUGCAAUGUGGUUGUACAUACAGAUCAGACUGAAAAACUGGGAUACUGGGUGUAUCAGUACCAGAAGGCAGAGCUGGGGUACUAGGAGGAAGUAUGGCUCAGCUGUAAGAGUCAAGGCAGCAGGAGCUAGGAGAUGGUUUUCCUGUGCUUUUCAGAACUGCCCUCUCUCUCUGCCCUUAAAAUGCAUUGCUCUUUAAUACCUUAGUUUGACCAAUUCUUUGUUUUCUUUUCUAAUGUUGUAAAUGUUUUUUUCUUAAAUUAUAUUUUCAUGAUGAAAAAGCAGAAAGAAUAUCUAAAUAAAUAUAUUUUAUAUGUUUGUGUUAACCACAACAGCAAAAGGCUACCAACAGAGCUCAGGUAUUUAAGGUCACACAGUAGUCCAGGAGUUCUGAAAUGAGGGCAUUUUAUCACAGCUUUAACUGUUACUUGUCAACAUGCCCAACUCACUGUUGUUUCCUAGACUGGCUAAAUACAUGCAGUCUUUUGUAAUACAGCUGAUGCUACAAAAACAAAAUGUGGCAAAUAUUAAAUAUGUAAAGUCUAAUUCUUAUAUAUAGAUUCUAAACAUAUGAACUGUGUACAUAAAUCAUGGACAGUAUACAAAUCUUUUGCUAUAAUGUUUAUGAAAUGUUUAUUUACAUUUUCUUUGAACUAUAUUAAAUUACAGGUGGCCUAUCUGUAUGUGAGUAAUUGUUAUUCAAAAGGGUUUUCAAAUAAAUCUUUCAAACUUUACAUAAUUGUAUUUUUCCAGUAUUUGUGGUACAGUAGUUUUAGUUUUUUUUAUUUUCACAUUCUUGUUUGCCUGCCUGAUCUGAUUAAAACUAUAAAGCAUUAAAAAGCUGUGAUAAAACAAGUACCUUCAUACAACCAUAGUACAACUAAUAUAGCAGUAAAUCAAUUUUAUGUUCAUUUCUUUUUUUUAAAGUCACAUAACAGGCUAUGUACAUGCAUUUGUGUUAAUGGCAGGUUGUCAAUUUGAUUAUAUUCAUUCUAUAAUAAGUCCUGUCUAAACCUGACAAUCUUGAAAUCUGUUCUGUAGUUGAUGUAUCCUAAAAUAAGAAAAAGUACCCCAAAAUGUGUUUGACUUAAUGAUGCACCUGUAGUCAUAGAACCCUCCUGCUGCACCCCGUUUGAAGAUUAGAGCUUGUCCACCUAACACCUGAGCUGUGCUGGUGUCUGAGCUGCUUUACUGAUACAGGCCUGUGUCCUUUCACUCUGAAUGUGUGUGGAUUGUUUAUUUGAAGUUGUUCAUAUUUUCUUUUGAAAGAACAUUAUUUUAUUUUGAAAAUUUUAUAAGACUGAACACUA